GCGUAACGAUUGGCUGACACAAGGCCGUGCAAGGGUUGGAUAGUGUGUAAUACGCGGAAGCUGACAGAGGGAGGCGGGCGGAGCUGGCGCAUGUGCCGCUGAUUGCUUUCUCUCUGUCAUGUUCCUUGUGCGCCUGUGUGUGCGGCCUCUCAGCAGGAAACAGAGUUGUACCGUCUUUUUGAAAAUGACGCUGGGAUCAGAGUGCCACGCGGCCUUCAGAAGUGCACCACUGAGCACAACCACUAACAGAAACCUUCUGCAGUGGGACUUGUCUCCCGAGCACAUACAGAGCAGGACCGAGGAGCUGAUUAUUAAGGCUAAACGUGUUUAUGAUACCGUUGGCUCUCUCCAGCUGGAGAAUAUCACUUAUGAAAAUACUGUAAAGGCUUUGGCAGACUUGGAGCUGGACUAUGCAGUGGAGCGGAGCGUGUUAGAUUUCCCCCAACACGUCUCACCCAGCAAAGAAGUGCGUGCAUCAAGCACUGAAGCAGACAAACAGCUAUCUGAGUUUGAUGUGGAGAUGACUAUGAGAGAAGAUAUAUUCAGAAGAAUUUUUCAUUUUCAUCAAACACAGGAUCUGAAACAACUGCAUCCAGAGGUCAGAAGAUACCUGGAGAAGUCAGUACAGAUGGGAAAGCGCAAUGGACUUCAUCUUCCUGUGGAAGUCCAGGGUGAAAUAAAAUCUAUAAAGAAAAAGAUCAGUCAGCUCAGCAUUGACUUUAAUAAAAAUCUCAAUGAAGAAAACACAUAUCUAAUUUUUACCAAGGCGGAACUGGAAGGUCUUCCCAAUGACUUUUUUGACAGUCUAGAAAAAAAUAAUGGAGACAGUUUUAAGGUCACUCUCCAGUAUCCCCAUUACUUUCCUGUGCUAAAGAAGUGCUCUGUGCCUGACACUAGAAGGAAAAUGGAAAGCGCUUUCAACAGAAGGUGUAUUGAGGAGAACUCAGCCAUCCUUGAAGAACUGAUUACACUGAGGGCGAAACUGUCUGAGCUGCUGGGAUACCAGACACAUGCUGAUUUUGUUCUUGAGUUGAACACUGCUAAAAACACUAGCAAUGUAUCGGCUUUUCUAGAUAAUUUAAAAACCAAGCUAAAGCCUCUGGGGGAUGAAGAGAAGCAGUUAAUAUUGCAGUUGAAAAGCAAAGAAUGCUCUGAGCGAGGCCUGGAAAUGGAUAACAAGAUAAACGCCUGGGAUCUGCAUUAUUACCUCAAUCGGAUUGUAGAGACCACAUUUUCAGUGGAUCAUGAAAAGCUGAAGGAGUUCUUUCCAAUGCAAACUGUUACUGAAAACCUGUUACGUAUCUACCAGGAGAUACUAGGGCUACGGUUCGAGCAAGUGGAUAACGCCCACGCGUGGCACGAGAGUGUCACUCUUUAUGCCGUGUUUGAUAAAGAGACAGGCGAAGAAUUGGGUCAGUUCUACUUGGACCUAUAUCCAAGGGAAGGUAAAUAUGGCCAUGCAGCGUGCUUUGGGUUACAGCCAGGCUGCCUUUGCCCUGAUGGGAGCAGAAUGAUGUCUGUUGCAGCUAUGGUGGCAAACUUCACUAAACCAACCACUGACCGCCCCUCACUAUUAACACACGAUGAAGUCAAGACCUAUUUCCAUGAGUUUGGCCAUGUAAUGCAUCAGAUAUGUGCCCAGACAACGUUUUCCAGAUUCAGUGGCACAAAUGUUGAAACGGAUUUUGUUGAGGUUCCUUCGCAGAUGCUAGAGAAUUGGGUAUGGGAAAAGGAGGCUCUGCAGAGAAUGUCUGGUCACUACAGAGAUGGAAGUCCAGUUCCGGAUGAUCUUCUCAAUAAACUGAUUGAAUCAAGGCUUGCCAAUACAGGUCUCCUGACCCUUCGUCAGAUUGUUCUGAGCAAGCUGGAUCAGUCGAUUCACACAAAAUCAUCUGCCAACGCCUCCAAAGAAUAUGCCAGGUACUCGGAGGAGAUUCUGGGAGUCCCUGUUACACCUGGGACAAACAUGCCGGCUACCUUUGGCCACCUUGCUGGAGGAUAUGACGGCCAGUAUUACGGCUACCUGUGGAGUGAGGUUUACUCCAUGGAUAUAUUUCACAGCUGUUUCAAGCAAGCAGGAAUCAUGAGCCCAGAGGUCGGGCUGAAAUACAGGAACCUAAUCCUAAAACCUGGAGGAUCAAUGGAUGGCAUGGAUUUGCUGCAAGCAUUUCUGGGUCGGGAGCCAAACCAAAAAGCCUUUCUUCUGAGUAAAGGGCUAAACCCAUAAAAUAAUGUUGUACUUUCUACUUAAUAAGUGACGCGCAGACGCAGCCAGCCAAACCACUGUACUGAGCUGAAGCAUCUGACGUUGUGCCAAAUCACACACACGGCUUUCUCUUCUAAUUAUUUAAUAUGUGUCUGAAACACUACAAAAUAUAAAGCCAUAAUGUGGCUUAACGUCCAUAAAAAGACGGAUUUUAUACAUGAAAUAUGCAUGAAUUCGGCCUUUUCAGAGCAGAAAUGCCCUUUGUAAUAAAAGGCCCGAAAUUAAAGCAAAGACUUUUUUUUUUAUCCAA